AUGUCAACUGAUUAUUUUUGUAAAAUUUGUGAUAUUGCCUGUAACGGUAAAGCUCCAUAUGAGCAACAUUUAAACAGUGCUAAACAUAUAAAAAAAGUCAAAUUAAAUGAAUCUCAAAAAUCUUCCGAACAAUCAAUUAUAUCAACAAAUACGAGUCCAUCAACUCCAGCAAUGAAUACUCGUCCAUCAUUUACCACAACAAAUGAUAAUAUUUCAGAAGAUUUAUCUUUUGCAACACCAUCAUUUAUAAUAAGUCAUGAAACAAUGCGUAUUUUACUUGAAUGGAAUCAUCCACGUGGUUAUAAACCUUAUUGUGAAAUAUGUCAAUUAUUAUUACAUGGUGAAAAUAAUGUUGACAUACAUUUUCAAUCCAAUAAUAAUAUACAUAAUCAAAAAUUAUCUAUAUGGAAACAAAUUGGUGAAAAUGAAGCAAAAUAUUCAUGUAAAGUAUGUUUAGAAAUAUUUUCAAAUGAAUAUUUAAUGAUUGAACAUUUUGAAUCGGAUUAUCAUCGAAAUUUAGUUCAACAGAAAACUAAUUUACAAAAAUUUAUUAAAAUUUAUGAAACAUAUAAUAAACUUAAACAAGUUCGAAAACAAACAAAAAGCGUAGAAAUCAGUCGUGUUAUUGAUGAUAGUUUAGGAAAUCAAUUUAAACAAUUAAAUAUUAUUGAUGGUACAAAACCGAUACCAAAGUCACCAACAAGUCCUGCUAUCAAUAUGUCUAUGCUCCAAAAUGUAAUGAAGAACGUAGUCGAUGAUGAGGAUUGUUAA